AUGCCGAAACUCUACCUCCAGCAACUUUACAUUCCGGCGCUCGACUUGUCGGAGAAUCCCACCGCCGCCGCCGACGCUCCGGUCAACCCGACGCUCUUCUUCGACCUCAAAUUCGUAAACCCGACGGAAGGUCAUAUUAUAAGUUGCGGCGAUGGUGAAGUCACCUUCUUUUACGGCUCCGGGAGAAGUCUCGACGUAGCGAACUACACUUUGGGAGGAAUUGUUCUUGAUAAGGGGGAGACGGCGUACCAGAGAGGGGUGGUGGAGGCUCGUGGGGUGCCGUGGGAAGGUGCUUUAGAGGCUGUUUCCGGCGGGUCGGCGGCGGUUUUUGGGGUGGAGGUGGCGGUGGAGGUGAGGUUUGGGUAUUAUUGGUUUUGGUAUUCGAGUAAGAGGUGGUUACGAGUUGGGAAUGACGUGGAGGUGGGCGCCUCAGGUAGGAAACUGCAAAGCGAGGCUGUCCGGCUCACCUCCGCCGCGAAUCGGCAGAGCUGCCGCCGAUUUCCGGCGUUGACUUUUGUUGUUAGUGUGUUGCUUGUCUUGGUCGUGUAA